CUCGGACGUCGAGUGAGACUGGUCUCAGCUUGAGUGUGUGGUUGUUUUUCGAGUCAACGUCGACAAAGUGAGCCUUCACGACGAUCCCCUGGAACUGGAUAUGGUCGUAAUACUAAACGAAUCGGAUACGUCAGGCAUGACAGGAUACCCGAGGAUUUCCAGACACCAGGAAUGGGAUAUCAAUGAUUCAAACGUACCGAGGGUGGUGGAAUAUAACAGGUUCGAAGAAUGGGCAGACGGUCAUUGCAGACUGGUUUAUCCACCGGAGUCUGAAGAAGGAAAGCGGCAUUCAUCGGGUUGGGCGAUGAGGAACACCAACAAUCACAACGUCCACAUACUUAAAAAGUCUUGCCUCGGCGUGCUCGUCUGUUCCAGGCGGUGCAUCCUCCCUAACGGCGAAUCAGUCCACCUACGACCUGCCAUAUGUGAUAAAGCCCGAAAAAAGCAACAAGGUAAACCUUGCCCCAACCGGUUGUGCAACGGUAGGUUGGAGAUUCUACCCUGCAGAGGACACUGCGGCUACCCAGUCACCCAUUUCUGGAGGCACACGGAGCACGCGAUUUUCUUCCAAGCGAAGGGGGUUCACGACCACCAGAGACCGGAGGCCAAAUCGACGUCGGAAGCGAGGAGAUCUCUAGGUGCCGGAAGAAGGGUCAGAGGUUUGGCAGUAAUGCUAUCCAAAGAGACUUCGUUAAGCAGUAAGCUCCUCUCUCUUCGUGAUGUUAAAAGACCAUCUUGUGAAAUCGAAUCGGCUAUCCAAAGGCAAAUCAUGCCACCACCCAUUUUGCCAGAUGACAAAGGUUACUCAUGCUCCUGUCCUCCCUUCGAGUGCGUUUGUGGCGUGGAGGAGAACACCGAGCUUUACCUGCCGCCUGAGGUGGACACAAGCCAUCAGCUGGAAUGGUACAACCAGCAGCAUCAGCACCAAUACAACAACAACAACAAUCACGGACAUCACAACGUUCACCAUUCGGAGGAGAGCGGCGUACAGCCUUUGGACCCGUACUUCCCUCCGCAGCCUCCAGCUCCGUUGUACGUGCAGGAACACGACCUCUACGGACUGCCUCCAGCUAGCAACGACUUGUUCCAGCAACCGUCGUUUCAAAACGGCCAGAUGGACUGCGUAGGUGGAUCGCCGCCAACACUUUUGGACCUUGGGUCUGGAACCAUACACAGGCCCAUUAAAGAAGAAUGGUCCCUCAGCGAAAGACAGGUCACGGGAUCUUAUCAGGAAGAAUCCAAGUGGUUUCCAAGCGAUCCUUUCGCGGAUUUGGACGUGCUCACGGGCGACUCGUCGAUGACGGAAUCAUCGUGGGCUUCGUCUCAGGAAUCCAAUCAUCACAACACAGAGCUGAUCAAAAGCUGGUACCCAGCGGAACAGCCGGUGGUUCAACAGGACCUCAAAAACUCCUGGGCAAUACACCAGGACCCUUCGAGCCCCCAGGACACCCUCAAAUCUCCAUCGCACGACCCCUUUUUCCAAUUUUCCUAUUACCAGCCUAUCAGUUUAUAAUACCAUAAACGUUGUAAUUUGCCACCGAAAUCAUUCUGUAGAUAAGAGCCAUUGUUCCAACUUCCUAUUGUAAAUACACUCGAUGUAUAUAUUGUAAUUUUAAAUUUAAAAAUCGUUCUUUUCUUUUUCGUA